AAGUGACGUAGCCCGCGGUGACCUUCAGAGGCGGCGUGCGGGUGUCCGACCAGGCCGUGCCGCUCGGGUCUUCUCCGGUUCCCUCCGCCGCUCGGGGCUUCCGACGCUUCCCUCCGCUCCCCGCCGCCAUGCCCAGGGGCAGCCGCAGCCGCACGUCCCGCGUGGCGCCCCCCGCUAGCCGGGCGCCCCCGAGGAGAGUCGCGUCUCCAGCACCGGCACCGGCUCCUCAGGCCUCUGUCCCCGCAGCGGCUGCACCUUCUGCCGUGGCGGCUCCAGCCCCGAAGCAGCCGGGGCUGAUGGCCCAGAUGGCCUCAACUGCUGCCGGGGUGGCUGUGGGCUCGGCCGUGGGACACACCAUCGGCCAUGCCAUCACCGGAGGAUUUAGUGGAGGGGGCAGCUCUGAAGCUGCCAGGCCUGAUGUCACUUACCAGGAGCCCCCGGCCGCUCAGGCUGCCCAGCAGCAGCAGCAAGGUCCUUGCCAGUAUGAGAUGAAACAAUUCCUGGAGUGUGCCCAGAAGCAGACUGACCUCAAGCUGUGUGAGGGCUUCAGUGAGGUGCUCAAGCAGUGCAGGGUUUCCAAUGGUUUGUCCUAAGCUUGCACAAGGAGGCUGCUGAAGAUCAUCUUGCAAGAACUGACCUAUGAAUGAAAAACAAAAAGCUUCAGUAAUAAAGUUUAAAGCUGUCUGGUAUCUUGUUAGUUCAUAUAUUCACACUAUCAUCUCUGUGGCUUGACUCCUGCCAUAGCUGCCUCUGAUGUGAUCCAACUUCACAGCUGCAAUUUAAUUUAGCACAAAAUGGAAGAGUGAAUUAUAAAGCAGAAUGAGCUAACAUGGGUUUUACUGGUUUUGCUGAUUGUUGUGUUGAAUGUCUGUAAUGUCUAUAAAUAAACUUCUCUCUCUAGAA